AUGAAGCCUUUCAGUGAGAAACCUUUGCUCUGUGAUUCGUUUCUAGUAUCUGUCAGUGCGUUACCUUAGCCUCCUAUAAACACUGAUGAAGGCAUUUCAUGAAAUCACUUCACGGAUAGGCACAUUUGGAUACAGUAGUCAGCCACGGCAACAUUGGCAGAUAGCGCGUCUUAACAAGGUGCCAGUGUAGUUUUGGGUACUGUAUAUCCUUCAUUAUCCACAUACCAACGCAAUUUUGACUGAAUGUUAAUACACUAUAAGCUAAUUCCUCAACGAGAAAAACAAAUUUAGUUUCUACAAUGAGAAGUGAGAAAGGGAGCUCUGGAUUGAAACUCAGGAUUGUCCUAUUGGGAGAGAAAGGAGUUGGAAAAUCAGCUAUUGCUGUACGAUUCCUCUGUGGUAGAUACCUGCAUGAAUACGAUCCAAAUUUAGAAUGCUGUUACGACAAACAUGAGAUAAUUGAUGGAAAGACCGUCAAAAUAGAAAUAUUCGACACAGCAGGACAGGACGUACUGGAUAACUAUCUGAAAAAUGCCGAUGCUGUUCUGUAUGUCUACUCAAUUACGUCAGAGAAAAGUUUCGCUGCCGCAAAAUCCUUCCGCGAGGAACUGCUUUUGGGUGAUAAGAGCCAUAUUCCUGUAAUCCUCCUCGGAAAUAAAAGAGAGCUUGAACAAGGACGCCAGGUUUCGUACAAAGAUGGAUUCACUCUAGCCAGAGAAACGAACUGGAAAUUCUACGAAAUGUCUGCUGCAGUUGACACUCAUAGAAUAAACGAUAUGGUGUUAAACCUCGCAAGUGAACUGUUGGCUGAAACUAAGAAAUCUAACCGACAAAGACGGACUUGGAAAAUUAAACGAGCAAUGAGUAUUCUAAAUGUUCACAUUCAUCAACCGAAGCAUAGUAGCUUUCCGUCCGUACUUAUGCCCUUAACUGAAAACAAGACUGAUCCUCCUAGGUCGCCUGCGUUGCCCCAGCAUCCAAGGUUGGCAAACAGAAGGCAAACCUGCCCCGCUCUAUGAAAAAGAAUAUACAAUAGACUGCGACAAAAGACUUAAUCCUUGAGUCUGGCGAAAGGAAGGCUGUAUUAUUGUAUUACUUGUAUUGAUGAACUGUUACAUAAUGGUAUCCAAUUUUACAAGAAAUGUGCAAUAUUCUAAAGCAUUGUCCAGAUUAUCAAAGUUUCUUCGGCAAAAACAUUGUUGUAUGCCUAUAUAUAUUCAUGAUGUGCCUAUAUAUGGUCAUGAUGUGAUGUCAUCACCACCAUAUUUAGGCAUGUAACAUUUCCUUGCAAUAUAAUUUGGUUGUGUGGAUAGGGAUUAACGACGGUGGAAUACGGUACCCUUUAUGUGACGUGUACAGUUUUUGCCGAAAACUAAUCCCGCAUUGGGUAGAUUAGUUAACUGUCCGCUACAUCCAAACUAUUCCUACAGAAAGGUUAUGCUGUUCUACUGUUGACGAAGUGCUAAGGAUUUGUUUAGAACUAACUGUAUGGUUGCAGUGGUACAUUGAAACAAUAGGUUGUCAUGCAUUCAAAGUGUCGAAAUAUUUGAUAAUGGGUAUGAUUUGUCAGAUAGAUGUCUAUUAAAUAUAAAAUCAUGUGACGCUUUGGGCUAGCAACCGAACGGUUGUUGGUCUAGACCGAUUCUAUCAGAUCUACAUUUCCUAUUCCGUGAUCAAAUUAAUUCACCAGUCUACUACGAACGCUAGUCCUGAAUGGGUAGCUAGAAUAGUUUUAAAUAAUAAAUAAUAAAAUAAUGAAUGAAUUUGCUAUCUGCGCUCACGACCGUGUUAUACACAAUAAUUUAUUCGAGAAUUCAAAAAACUCCAAGGUUUUUAAUAUUUUAAUUUAUUUGUUCACUAGAAAUUACAGAGGUUUAUAAAGAUACUAAAGAAUGAACAAUAAUGAUUCAAGUAAACUUUCUUAUAAAUCAAAUGUGGCUCACUUUCUAAUACAAAUUGUUAUUAAACAUAGUAAACUUAUAAAAAAAACAACAACUUUACAUCUAAAAAGUUACGAAUGCAAAAAUAUACCUAGCCUUUAACAUCGAUCUUGAUUUUGUGAAAAAAAAAAUAUCUCGGAAUUAUAAUUAUAAAUAUGAAAUUAAUUUAGAAGGCCAAAGAAAAUGAUACAAUGAGGUGAUAUAAAGAAUGUCCAGCAUCCACGAGUUCAAAUACGUAGUGCACAUGAUUUUUCCCAAGAUGGAGUCAUAUAAAGUAGGAUCCCUGAGAUUUUUACCUAGGUUAUCUUUCUGGGGACAGUAAAAUGAUGAUGAAAAAUCCCAGUGCUCAUUGUUUUAUAAGAAGUUAAUUAUAGAGAUAAUAACCAAGGCAACGAUGCCAACUGAAAAUUUAUCGCAAACUUACGUCAGCAAAACACAAGCAAACUUGUACAGCUAUGUACAGUGAACAAACAUGUAUGUUUGUGUAUGAUAUUCCCGUUAUUGUUCAAAAUGUUUGUAGCAUACUGUAGUGUACAUGACUAAUAUACUUCCACCUCUGCAUGUGGUCAACUAUAAA